GUUCUAACAGAGGCGGGAAGAAGCUUUCUAAACAGGGCGUAACAGGAACUGAUGUUAUAGAUUCCACGGAUUAUCAUAAAACGAGACUGCUUUAUUUUCUAAAGAAUAGUAAUUUGUAUUAGAUAUUUAAGCAUUAGCGUAAAAGAAUUGCCCAGUUUCUCAAAUUUCUGAUUCGAGGAAAUCCCACAUUUCUCUUCACUUUCAACUUGUUGAAACAGUAAAAUGGGGACAGAGGUGACAAUAGUUUCCAAACCCAUUGUGGAUGUAUGUAUAACAAGCACCCUCUCUGAUGCUCAGACGAUCAAGAGGUUCAACCGAGGGCUUACUAUAUCCGAACUGAAGGCAAGGUUGGAGACUAUUGUGGGUGCACCAGCCUCCUCCAUGGAACUGGAAAUCUUCAGUACUGGUGACCAGUUCCUACAGAAAAUAGAGAAUGAUGAUGCUUUGCUUGGCUCCUUUCCUGUUGAUGACAACUGUCGUAUACAUGUUAUUGAUAGAAGUGGAGGUCAGAUGGGAGAAUUUCAUGAUGUUUCUAAAGUGGAAAAGUUUGAGCUUCCAGAUGAAGCUUAUGGACAAAAAUCAGAUUCAGUGAGGGCGUUCAUGAAGAAGCAGCGGUUGGGGCGGUAUAACGAGGAAGAAAUGGCCAAAAAGAAAGCUCAGCUUGCUGCUCAUGAAGAGGAACAAACAACUGCUGCUAGUUCAAUUUCUGUUGGCAGUCGUUGCAAAGUAGAAGUACCAAAGCAGCCCACCAAACUUGGGACUGUGAUGUAUGUUGGUACAACAGACUUUAAGCCAGGCUACUGGGUGGGUGUGAAGUAUGAUGAGCCCCUGGGGAAACACAAUGGAACUGUCAAUGGGAGGAAAUACUUUGAAUGUGGAGACAAAUACGGAGCAUUUGUAAGGCCCCUGAAUGUGAUUGUUGGUGACUUCCCAGAGGAGGAUUAUGGCUUGGAUGAGAUUUAGGACAAAAAACACUUGUCUUGUUUGCUCAGUUUAUGUUUGACUGAAAUUUAAAUAUUAACCUCAAAUCUGCUCAAUAAUCAGAGAAGAUAAAGUCACUCUAUUGUAACACUUAUUUUGCGCCUCUGAAAGCACUUUAGUUUUAAUUUCUCCAUCAUUGCUGCCGGACAGAGGGGACUUGCACGUCAUCACACAUACAAUUUGCAAAAAGAGAAAUUCAGUCUAAAUGAUUUAAUAAAAAUCUGUAAUAGACCAUAACUAUUUCAUUGUUACCUGUAAAGAAGUGUUCAUUUGUUUUAUGAUUUUGUCUAUUGUUUGUUUUUUUCUUUUUGUAAAUUCAAUAGAUUGUUAUAAUUUGCCCAUUCUGCCAUCUUAACUGUAGUUAACUAAUCUGUUUGAUUUCACAAAUAAAUAUUUUCUUUCUAAAAAAAAAACAACCAAGAAGUAAAGUUGUCUCUUCCUAUUUUUUCAGUGAAAAGUGGCCCAAUUGGUCUUGAUUAAAAAGAAAAUAAUUUUUAUUUAUAAUACCCCCUACAUCUGUUAAGUCGGUGUGGAUUUGCAUUCACUGCUCGACCUACCUGUAUAAAUAAAGGCUCAGCUUGCAUAAAAAACACUUGAUAGUUUGUUGUCUGGAGAUUAAGUUUCAGAUCAACCUCUAUUGGAAUUGUUAAAAAUUUGAAAUUCUUUUUUUUUUCUUCCAGUGAUGCCACUUUGAAUUUCUUUUUGGUAAACUACAAUUUAUAUUUAACCUUCAGUCAAAUACUUUUUAUGUUUUUUUGGUGUUGUUGUUUUGCACAACUGUAAGAAUUUUCUGUAUUGCCUAAUCAAAACUAUUUUUUUAGGCAAUGCCAUUUGUUAAUACUGAAUGGAAAAUACAUAAAAACUUGUUCAAGUCAAGUUUUAUUGCUCACUCUCCAAUUAAACUUUUUUGUGUGUAUUAGGAGGGCGUCUAUUUGCUUGACACAACAUACAUUUUAAACGGUUUGCCUUAUUUCUAUUUUUUGUCAUGGCGCAAAUGUCUGUCUUUUUUGGCUUUUCAGUUUCACAGAAAUGUGGACCACUAUUACUUGUUGGUUUUGAGCAAAUUGUUAGCAGAACACUCAGAGGUUUCAUUGAACUCUUCAGUGCUGAUCUACAGAUUGUGCCAAAAGCGAAUCUACAAAAUAAAAGCUUUGUGACUGAA